UGCCUUGCUAUCCCAGAGUGCUGGGAUUACAGGUGUGAGCCACCGCGCCCAGCCUCACUCCAGGUCUUGACCUCUGGGAAGUGGCCGACAGCCACAGCUCCUGCUGGGGGGUUUCUGACACUGACACUGGGCUCCCCGGUCCCAUUGGGAUGAGGCUGGUCUUGCCUGUCCCUUCCGGAGGGCUGUCCUCUUCCCCAUGGCAGCCACCCUGCCCCUGCCCAGAGCCAACACGUCUCUGUGGCACUGUUCACGGGGCAGCCCUGGUUCAUGUGGCACAGGGCGGGGGCGGCGUCUCCCUCUGAACUCCCCCCACCAGGUCCCCCUUUCUCCAGGACCCCAGCAGGGAGCUUCCCCAAAGUUCUGGGCCCCCUCCGCCGUCCAUCUGGAAGCCAUGAUGACACGGAGGCCUGGGGAGCGGGGGCAACCCGGCCUCCAUGGCCCCUUUCACUUCUUGGCUCCCCUCCUGUCCCCAGGGCCUGGGAGCUGGGCAGACGGAGAAGCUGCCCCCUCAGGCCUGACGCGGUGUGUUUCCUAAAUUGGAGGGGAAGUGACGCGCUGCAGCCCAUGCAGGGCGGUGCCCAGGCACAGUCCCCCACCCACGCCUGUCCCAGGUCCCUGUGCUUGUAGGACCCCCACAAGAGGCCUUCCAUGGCGAGGUCAGCCACCAGCACUGUAGCCCUGUGGGUGAAAAUCAGAGGAAGGACCCUGAGUCACAAGUGGUUGGGGCCAGGCCUCAUUGGGCAGCCCCUGGGGCUCCCAGUGUUCAGUCUGCAGCCACCAAGGUCAGCCCACGCCCAGCACCCGGAGCCAUGGCCUUUUGUCCUUCCCACCACUCUUUGUUCAUGCCACUCGGCGCUGAGGCAGCCUGCCGCCCAGAUGCGUGUGACAUCUGCUCUGGGUCAGGCAGGACAGCCCAGGCCCCGGGCCCUCACCUCCUGCGUCUGUGAUGAGGGUGAUUGCAGGGCAGCCUGGGGGGGCCAGAUCUGGGGACUGUUAGCCCAGCAGAGGCCCCAGGGAAGGGGCCCCCCAAACAUAGAGUCAAGCCCCGUUCCACCGUGACAGUGUCCCAGGAAGUGGCAGGUGAAGGCAGAAGCACAGGGGAGAAAGCCACGCAAGGGCUGAGCGGGGAUUGGAGUGAUGAGGCUGCAGCCAAGGACACCGGGACUGCUGGCCACCACCACAAGCUGGAAGGGGUGGGACAUUCUCCCCUAGAGCCUCUGGAAGGAUGUGGCCUGGCCGACAUUUUGCUUUCUCCAGAACUGUGACAAGAAUAAAAUGCCAGUUUGAGGUUCUCUGCUCUGUAGCUCCAGGAUGCUGGCCUUUUGGGAAUGAGACAAGUGUGUCCGCCUUGGCCAGCUCCCAGCGGGGGGCACUAAGAGGGUGGCCAGUUAGAGCCCAGCUGGGGAGCAUGGGAAGGGAAGUGAUGGGAUGCCACAGGGCUUAGAGGAAGGGCCUGCUGCAGGCUGGGGGACUGUAGGAAGUGCUGAAGGGAAGGGCAAAGUUUCCUGGAGGCCAAAGGGGAUAGCCAGGGGCAGCCCUCUCCAGUUGUGUUCCUGGGAAUCUAGGGGUGCAGGCAGGCCCCCUGGGCAAGGGACUGCCUGGGGGAGGAUGGUGCAGUGAGGUGUGGCCUUGAGCCUGAGCCAAGGGGGCAGCUCCAGGACUGAGACGCUCAGCUGGGGGCACCCCAACUCAAACUCAUGGGGCUCCAGAGAAAAGCUUGGGGACCAGGCCCCAACUGUGGCACUCCCUGUUCCUGUGGCUCCGCUGCAGGAGUGACUGCGGGCAGGGUUCCAAGCACGCUGACCAAGACGUGCUGUAUCAGUCCGCUCCAGCUGCCAUAACUGCACGCCACAGGCCGAGCGUCGUAAGCAGCAGACAUUUAUCCUGGAGUCUGGAUGUCCAAGAUCAGGCUCCGGCAGCUGGUUUCUCCUGAGGCCUCUGCUUGGCUUGCAGACAGCACCUUCUCCCUGCGUCCUCAUGUGGCCUUUCCCUGUGCUCAGUCCUGGUCUCUCUUCCUCCUCCUGUAAGGACACGAGUCCCCUGGAUCGGGAACCCACCCUCGCAACAUCAUUUUACCUGAACGACCUCCUUGCAGGCUCCAACUCUAAACAGUCACAUUGGGAGUUAGGGCUUCAAUAUAUGCAUUUUUGGGGACACAGUUCUGUCUGUAACACAUGGGCUCUUGCAGAUCUCCACUUUACAGGUGAGGAAACAGAGGCAUGUGGAGCCAGGAGACAGAACCAGGCUCUCAGGCACUCAUGCUCAGGCAAGCUCCACGCAACCUCUCCUGCCUGGUGCCCACCUUUGUGGACAUGGGGCAGGGCAGCUCCCAGGGUGGGCUGGGGCAGGGGUGUGGGCACCCUUCUGGUUGCGUCUCCUCCUGGAGCUGACGCAGGGACCAGCCAAGAUCCCACCCAUGGCCCAUCAACACCAGCACUGCCCUGCGGGUGAGGGUGGCGGGGCCUUGCCUCCUCUCUUAAUGGAGUGACAAGCCCUGAUGGCACCGCUGACCGCAGACACUGAGAAGGGCCAGGACCAGGAGCUAGGAUGGGGCCGGGGGUCCAGGCAGAGGCAACACAGCCUUAGGCCCUGAGGCAGAACCGUGUGUGAGUCCGAGACUGGCUACAGCGUGGUUGGGGGGAGGAAGAGCAUGGAGAGGAGUAGCCCAGGGGCGCUAAUGCAGGGUGAUUGAUGGCGUCAGACCCCCAAUAUUGCCCCCACCAGGGGAUUCUCUGACUCGCUCCCUCCCAGCCCCCAUGCAAAAGUGCUCACUGAGGUGUGCAGGUGAGCACGGGAAGCUUCCGGCCCAGGGCCGGGCCUCAGUUUAUCCCUCUGUAAACUGGAUAAGUAAAACAGCGCCCUUUUUGAGGAUCUGAACGGUUGGGAACGGCUGUGCCUGAGAACAAGCUUCCCAUGUGCUGGUGGGGCUGGGGGAGCCUGCGACUGGGCCGGGGCCCAGAGCCGGGCCUAACCGCCUCCCAGUUCUCUAAUCCGGGCCAGACAAGCCCACGCAGAGGGGCCCCGGGGCCCACUCAGGUCCCGACGAGCCCGUGGCAGCGCCAACGCCUGGGGGCCACGGCCGCCAGGGGGAGGACUCCGUGACGCCCCGUCCCCGAUGCAGCGCCCCCCACCGCUCACGUACAGCCCCGGCGCCCCCAGCCCUUCCCGCCACCCCCGGGCCUAUCGGAGCCACCAGGGCGAGCUCAGGCCACUCCUUUGGGGCUCAGGGCCGGGCGGCCUCAGGAAGCUCGCGCCUUGGGGACCCCCGGCCCAGUUGGGGGAGAGGUGUCUCGCGUCCUGAGGUCGCCGGGCUGUCGGUGAGGAAGUCCGCCAGGGGCCUAAUUGGCGGCAGCGUGAAGUCGGGUCCGCCGGCGACCCCCCACGUGACCCGGUGCGCCUGAGCGCAAGGCGGAACCCAGCGCCGGGGCUCCCGUUUCCGGCCGGCGGGACCGGAGCGCCGUACCGAGCGCACGCCGACGGCGGCCGAUGCACCCGGGUCGCUAUGGCAACGUAGUCCGCCUGGAAGCUGCUCCGUGGGCGUUCGGGCCGCCGCCAUGCUGCCGCCGUGCACGGAGCAGGCCCUGGACGAGCUGCUGGCCCGCAAGGAGGAGGAGUGGCGGGCGCUGCAGGCCCAGCGCACCCAGCUGCAGGAGGCGGCCCUGCAGGACACGCAGAGCCGGCUGGAGGACGCGCAGAGGAAGCUGCGGCGCCUGCAGGAAGACUUCGUCUACAACCUGCAGGUGCUGGAGGAGCGGGACCUGGAGCUGGAGCGCUAUGACGCCGCCUUCGCCCAGGCCAGGGCCCAGGAGGAGGCCAGGCAGGCGGAGGUGAGCGAGCUCAAGAUAGAGGUGGCCAAGCUGAAGCAGGCGCUCGCCCAGGAGGCCCGGCGGAUGGAGGAGCUGCAGCAGCAGCACCAGCUGAGGUUUCAGGAGCUUCGCCUGGAGCUGGAGCGCGUCCACAGUGACAAGAAUGGUGAGAUCGACCACCAUCGGGAACAAUAUGAAAAUCUGAAAUGGAGGCUAGAGAGAAAACUCGAGGAACUCGACGGAGAACUUGCUCUGCAGAGACAGGAGCUGCUGCUGGAGUUCGAAUCCCAAACGCAGAAGCGGGAGCACGAGUUCCGCCUGCAGGCCGACAGCAUGAGCAGCGCGGUCUUAUCCCACGAGCUCAAGGUCAAACUACUGAACAAAGAGCUUGAGGCUCUGAGAGAAGCUGGAGCAAAGGCCGCGGAGUGUCUGCAGCGGGCCGAGGCCGCGAACUCGGAGCUGGAGAGGAAGCUCCAGCACCAGGCCUGGGCGUGCCGGGACCUGGAAGCCGUGAAGGAUGCCCGGAUAAAGGAGUUAGAAGAUGAACUUCACUCUGUGCAGCUAACCAGGAAAAAAGAAGAGGAAACGUUUAAGAGGAAGCAUGAGGAGCUCGACCGACUGGCCAGGGAGAGGGACGCGGUGCUGGCGGCGGUGAAGGGAGCCCACGGGGAGCAGCUGCGGGUGCUGGAGACCAGGGUCCGGGAGCUGCAGGCCGACCGCGAGAGCCUGGAGGUGCAGCUGCGCAGGGCCGAGUGGAGGCAGGCGGACGCCGCCAAGGAGAAGGACGCUGUCAUGACAGGUGAGCGGGCACUCUGGCGCCAACGCCGGAGCCAACAAGGGAACCGCGUAACCACGUCCCCAUUGGCAGUUUCCUUUCUGUGUAGGCUCCGUGAAGACGCAUCAGCCCUAAAAUCUGCCUGGGACGCCCAGAUCGCUCAGCUGUCCAAGGAGAUGAUCUCCAAAGACCUUCAGGUCCAGACGCUGCAGCAGGCAGAGGCCAAGCUCAAGGCCCAGCUGGCUGCGUUUCAGCAGGACAUCGACAGGUACAAGCGGCAGCUGUCCCUGGCAGUCGAGAGGGAGCAGAGCCUGCAGCGAGAACAGGUGCAGCUGGGCCUGGACUGGCAGCGCCGCUGUGACCACGUGGAAAGGGACCAGAUCCAAAAGUCAGAGGCCUUGAUUCAGGGUCUGACCUCGGCGAGAGACCAGGCGGCCGCCAAGCUGCAGGAGGCCGAGCGGGCGCUGCGGGAGCAGGAGGCUGCGCUGAAGGCGGUGACCUCAGAGCGAGACCAGGCCGUGCAGGCGCUGAGGACACACGGACUCCCCGCGCCAGGGGCACAGGUACUCCUGGUGCAGCGUGGAGAAGAGGAAACAAGUAAAGACUUCCCAUCCGGUGAGGUCCAGCGGCUGCGAGAGCAGAACGCAAGGCUGCGCGGCGCUGUCGCUCAAAUGAGGAGGGACAUGGAGACGCUCAGUGAGCAGACCCGCCCGCCUGCCCGGCUGGGAGGAGAGAGUGCAGACCAGCCGGGCCCAGUGGCGGCGGGAGGAGACGCUGCCACUCCAGAUUAUGCUCUGGCCUUUGAAGCAGAAGUACAAAAUCUAAAGCACAAGUUUAAAACGUUGGAAGAACAACUGAUAGACGCGUUGGACCCUCUGAGGAUGUCCUCAUCACACGCUGACGUGCAGCCCGGCGUCCACACCUCGGAGGUGGUGGCAGCAGCGGCAGCGGCAGGAUCUGCCCAAGCUGGCCAUGUGUCCGCUGGGCUGGCCUUCCGGAAGCUCGGAGACAGAGUGCGUCUCUUGAACUUGCUGGUGACGCGGCUCAGGCAGAAGGUGUUGCAGAAGCCCCUGGAGCCAGACACCGUCCAGCGAGAGCUUCCCCGAGAGGUGAACCAAGUGCACCUGGAGGUUUUGGAGCUGCGGACGCAGGUGGCUGAGCUGGGGGAGCAUCUCGGGAUGGCCUGGCAGGACGGAGGGGAGCCUUCAGGCGAGAAGCAGCCGAGAGCCUCGGACCCUGCAGCCCUCAGGAGAGAGGGCGUCCAGGACGGAGCGGCCGCGCAGGCUGAGGGCCAGGGGCAGGUCCCCGUGCCCCCGAGGCCGGGGCCACAGCCCCCGCGGACCCCGUCUGUGCCCCAGCUCCAGAGGAAGCUGAGGGAGGCGGCCAGAAGAAUCCUCAGCCUCCACCUGGAGAAGGAGCAGCUCAUCGAGAUGGGGAACAGACUCCGCGCGGACCGCGGCCACGCGGAAGGGAAACCGCCGCGCCACCCACUUCCUCCCACGCCUGAACCCCAGCGCCCAGGCGUGGCCCCCGAGGCGCCUCCGGACCGCGGCCGUCACGGGGGAGAGUCGAGGCCCCACGUCACAGCACAGGACACUAACCAUGCUAAGAAAGAAAGUUUUUCCGAAUACCCGGGAAAGAGCCGACCGCACUCAACACAGACAGUCGGCAGAAACGGGACUCCGAGAGGCCGUGAGGCAGGGGUGGCUGUGCCCGUUCAGAAGCAGCACAGAAGCCCCACGGUGACCUGCAGAUCAACUCACCAGAAAGAAAACAGGUCCCCAAAGCCACCCCAGGCUCUAGAAUUCCCUGAGGAAGACCGCUGCCACACCCACAGGUCAUCUUCACUUGCCAGCAGCUCCCUGCAGGACACAUGGAAGCUGCUAGACCUGGGCUCCAGCCCUUCUGGCCUCACCUCUCAGGACGACUCCCCUGCAGGGCUCCCUGCACCGCCAGCGGCCCCCCGUCUCCAGGAGGCUGUUAGGAGCCCCCAUGUGUCGCAGGCGGGCUUUGCCGUCCACGGGAUGAAAGUGUCAGCCCAGUCAAAGGCCAAGCCCACCAAAACCUCCAAGUGCCAUCCUGAAAAACCUAAAGGCGGCCAGCGGCCCCCCAAGAUCCGUAACUACAACGUGAAGGACUGACCUGCAGCCUGCCCCCCCACCCCCGCCCAGGCCUGGGUUUGCCGGGUGUCGGGGAGGGUGUGGCCUGGUUCACCCACCGAGGAGCACAUUAAAACCCAGGAGGCCCUCACGCA